UUGAGCAUAGUGUUUCUAAGGCUGAAAUUAAAGCAUGAAGAGAAGCUUUCUUUUUACUGUUCUCAUCAUCUUUUUCAUAGUCCUCAUUUCCUCUUCCCAUAUGUCGGCUCGUUUCUCGGGAAACAAACAACGAGAAGAGGAGGUGGAGCUUAGUCAAAUUACAGAUAUGGAGGGCAUUGAACUAAUGAAUCAGCUAAUGGGGAUGGAAGCUUGUGAUGAAGGAGACGAUGGAUGCUUGAAGAGAAGAAUAAUUGCAGAGGCUCACUUGGAUUACAUUUACACCCAGCAUAAUAAGCCUUGAGAUUUUUCCAUUUAAACAACACUUGAU